ACUUAAGUUUUAUUUUUAUGAAUUAGCAAACAUUUCUGGUUUUGCCUUGUCAUUUUGGGGUAUUGUGUGUAGAUUGAGGGGGGGACAAUUGAAUUAAAUUUAGAAUAAGGCUGUAAUGUAACAAAAUGUGGAAUAAGUGAAGGUCUGAACUUUCUGAAUGCACUGUACCAAUAAGUCCUUUCAAAUGUCAAGUUGAUUUCUUCGAAAACGAUCCCACUCUUUUAUGCUCUCUUCUGCUCUUUGAGGGCUCUAGACUGCAACAGUGUCUUAGCUUAUUCUAACUAACAACCAGGGCUUGGUUCCAUGUUGGUCCCUAGCCCCAGUCCCUUUUAGUGUUCACAGAUCCCAAAUGACUGGACGCAUCUAAGCGAUAUGGUUUUGGCCUGUGGACUUAUGCCUAUAGCUUUCACAUCUAGUACUUUCAGAUCUGUGAACACCCUAGGGUAGGUAGGUGUUAUGGGUUGGCCCUGGUCUUGUGCAAACAGAAGGUGGCUGUACCUGGGCUACAUUCAGGACUGGGGCGUUACACAAAGCUUUUGUCUUGUUUACCUUUCCAAGUUCUCAACAAUCUUAUACCAUUGGACAGCUAUUCACUCUAGUUUUGUGAACAUGUCAAGAAUGUGUGUUGGCUGCUAGUGACCGUUGUGUUAAGUGCACAAAACACAAUAGUCCUCCUAGUCGCCAUGCUUGUAAUGCUCUCAUUCAUUUGUCUGCAGCACUCGGUUCUAAACCAUUCACAACUGUUGAAUGAACUUGGACAUAGCCCAGGCCUUUUGGUGACAGUGGAUCGUUAACCAGGUGUAUUGGCUCAUUGAGUAUCUGUAACUAGGUCAGGUGGUGCCCUUCUUGUGAGGUUUACAUUUUCAAUGGUUUCAUUUCAGAUCUCUUUGCCCUUUUUAUAUAAAAUGCAUUGAUUUAUAAUAAAUAAAACAGUGUUCAACUUUUGACAGUCGUCCACAAAAUGCAUUUGGGGAGUUUGUUUUUGUGGUGUCAUUUUCCCGCUCUGAUUCAGGGUUGCAGUAUGGCUUUUGAGGACAUUUGGACACAACUGGGCAUCUAAUCUAACAAACCUUCUGUUCUCUAUGUCCCAGGCUGCUCCCUGCCCUGGUUCUUACUUUUCAAGCUAAAUAUUAGCUGUUUAAAUUAGAAAUGUAAUUUUAUUGAGAAAUGUAUAAAAAAAUGUAGCUCUGAUAUGGCCAGAAUAUAAUUUAUUAUAGUUAGUAAGGGUAGACAAAGUAUACUUCCCCGCUGUUGUAGGCCUGGGCUGUUUAGACUGGCAGUGUACACAAAACAUGGUGCUCUUCCUCAUGGGUGUGUCCAACACAAAUGGGCUUUCGCUAUUGGUGGAUGUUUCUCCUGGUAACUAGCAUCAGCUGUUACCAACACACAGGACACAUGAGAAUCGGACUUAAUCUGGAUAUCGAUAAACUGCGCUAUAAUACCCGUGAAUAGAGAUGAUAUGGAUUAGCUGAUUUCGAACAUCAUGGAAUGACAUCAUCCUCUCAUAUGGAAUUGGGGCUAUGUGAAAAACAGUGUCUGAGAUAUACAAUGGGUAAAGAGAUGCCUCCAGAAGGGGUUCGCAGCUAGCAGAGGAGGAAAUCCACAAUCUGGAGGUGAACAGCAGGAAGAGGAGUCUCACUGCCCUGGGAAAAGUGCAGAGGAGAGAAUGGGUUCAGAACUCGAUCAAUAUUCGAACAGAACAAGGACCCUGUUUGCGGAUAUCUCCAGAGAGACGGUACUCUGAAGACUUUGAACCCUACGACAGCAUAGAGAUGGAGCGGUCGAGUCCACGCUCUCCUCAUAGUCCCCACUCGCGGCGAGAAUCCUGUAAGUUGUCACGUUCGUUUGCCUCCAGGGCUGAUGGCCGAGGAGGUAGCCAGGUGGAGCCUGAACAUCAAAGCGAACGUGUCCUACUCAACAUUAACGAGGUCAAGGUGCUUCGACGGAGCCUGGAGGUGAGCGUGCGGCGGAGCAGCGGCAGCCGGGGGUCGGCGGGGGAGGAGUCAGACGAGGAGUGGGUGGAGGAGCAGAUUGAGAGGGAGGAGAGCACGGAGAGCCUGGAAGAGCUAGGUCUGCCUCUUUCCUCCUCCAACAAAACAUCUACUAACACAAACCAUCCGCGAGCCACUGGACCCAAAGGCUGCCUUCACGACCCUGCAGACCUUAUAGUGCUGGACUUUGGGCCCUCUCCUAAAGGCCGUAAGAUCGAGCGUUCGCUGUCGGCCAAGAGGAAAGACAACCUGGAGACCUACAUACCCACCAAGCCUCUGCUGGUGAAGAGCAAAACUCUGGACAGGCCCUCUUCAGAAGAGUGCAGGGAUGGCAGAGAUCCUCAACGGCCGUGGAAUCAUGUAGAGCGCCCCCUGUCUGCAGCAAGGAAGGCCUCCCAAGAGGAGCGCGACUCGGAGGAGACUGCUUGCAGGGUGCUCCAGGCCCUGCAGAGAGGGAACAGCCCACUGCAGAGCCCCGAGCCCAGGGCCUUCAGCCGCACCCCGGUGAUGGGAUACCAGAUGAUGAACGGCUCGCUGCGUGACGACGAUGACGACAAAGAUGAAAGUGGGGUGACCAGAGCCAUGCAGAGAGUCAUCCUCAUGGGUCCCAGGCAACAGCAGAGACUACUAAAGGCGUUGGAGAAACUAGAGGCAGGCACAAACUUUGAAAUCCCGCAGACAGUGAAGACGGAUAAUAGCAAACCACCGAGGAGGCGGGUCUCGGUGGAGGCACCACCCACCGUGUACGUCACCAUGGAGAUCCUGAGUAACUGGGGGAACAGGUGCCAGGUGGGGCUGACGGAGAUGCAGUUCUUCGGCCCAGGGAACAGGAAGCUGUACGUGUCGCCUCACGACUUGGACAUCCGGAACGCCGACUCCCCUGGGAACCUCGGAGUGCUAGUCAAUGGGAAUGCUAAGACCACAAAGGAGUGUCAUAUGUGGACCUGUCCUUUCCAUCUCCCGGUUCAACUGUACUUCAUCAUCAGGAACUUGGAGCGCUCUCCGGACUUUGGGAUAUCCCUGAUCAAGAUCUGGAACUACAACAGGAGCAUCAGUGACCUGGACGUUGGUGCCCGGCAUGUGAAUCUUUACCUCAACAGCACUCUGGUGUUUGAAGGUGAGCUGGACAAGGGCUGUGGCAACCAGAUCUUUGAUUACAGCACCAGCAUCGACCUCCAGGCACUCCAAGUCCCAGAAUCCUUCUCUCCCAGCCCAGUGUGGGCCGGCCACAGUCUGCGGGGUGCCAGCCCACAGCGCCAUGACGAGAGUGGCGCGUGGGUGGAAAGCAGAGGGGAGAAUCGAGACCCCAACCACAGACUAUCUGAGGGGCUAGUCCAGGUCAGCAUAGACAUGCAGGAUAAAAUCUACAAUCCCCCCUCCCCCACAUCUACAAACUGUCCCCCCCUACAGAGGAACUCCUUUGAAAUGGACCCUCCGGACCUGGCCCUCCCCCACCCCCCUCUGAAACAGCAGCUGGAGCAGUCGGGUCAACCCACAGAGUGCACAGUCACCACCCAGCCUUCUUCCUCCAGGAGUCCCCAGUGGCUACAGCCCCUGGCCCGGAGCGCCCCCGAGGGCUGCGAGGCCGGAAGGGAGAGACCCCUCUGGCUAGUGCCCCAGCAGUCUGUGGAGCCCAAACCUCCCCUCCCCCAAUCCACCUCUACCUCGGUGCUCCCGGAGCUGGGCUGUAACCCGGGGAGGGUGUGUCGGGGGGUGGAGAGGACUGUGAACGAGGGCCAAUGGUGUGCAGAUUCUCUGGACCUGGGAGGUGACCAGCAGCACCAGGACCGGCCUGUUAGUGGACGUAGGAGCUCAGGCAUGAACAACAACACUAGUAGCAGAAAACCAGCAGAGGAGCACCAGCAUGGAGCCAUUGGACUGACCACAGAGGAGCCAAGUUCAGUGUCAGGCAGCAUCAGCAAGAGGCAGCAUCGUACCCCCCGGGCCACGCUCCACAGCCGGCAGGCCCAGGAUGACAACCUCAUGGAGUCCUGGGACUCCCUCACAAAGUUCAACCAGUGCCAGCGUGGUCGCAUCUCCAACAUGGGCUUCGAGGGCGACAUCUUUGACGAGUUCCUCCAGCGUUCCUCCAGAGCCGCCAGUAUCGCCACAAUCACCUCCGACUCAGCAGGCCCCCCCUGCAGCCCCUUCCCCUCUUCGUCCCACCUCUCUUCACCCGCCCCUCAAGGGGGCUUCUGCGAUGACCCGGUGGAUGAUCUUUCCGCCGAGCCAGAGUUUGAGAUUCCGGUCCUCCCACGUGGUCAACGUCUGGUCAUUAACAUCCUGUCCACAUGGGGUGACCGCCACUACGUGGGCCUCAACGGUCUGGAAGUCUUCAGCUCCAGCGGUCAGCCCGUCCGGCCCGCCCACAUCCAAGCCGACCCGCCUGAUAUUAACGUGCUGCCCGCCUACGGCAAAGACCCGCGCGUGGUCGCCAACCUAAUCGACGGAAUCAACCGCACGCAGGACGACAUGCACCUGUGGCUGGCGCCGUUCACCCAGGGGAUGAGUCACGUGAUCUACCUGGAGUUCGCUGGGCCAUGUCAGGUGGCCAUGAUAAGAGUGUGGAAUUACAACAAGUCCAGGAUCCACUCGUUCAGGGGGGUGAAGGAGGCUGAGAUGCUGUUGGAUGGGAGGUGCAUCUUCAGGGGAGAGAUCGCCAAGGCGUCAGGGACACUGUCUGGAGGUCUGGACCAGUUCGGGGACACCAUCUUGUUCACCACGGAUGAUGAGAUCCUGGAGGCUAUGUCGCGCUACGACGAGACGUUCUGCGGGGAGGCGGAGGGCUUCGAAGAGCUGGUGGGGUAUGAGGAGGAGCUGCAGAGGCCUCGCACGGCCGACGGAGAGGGGGAGGAACGACCUUUCACCCAGGCUGGCUUCAGACCCGAGGACGACCUCGCUUUAAAACUCCAUCUGAACCCUACUGACUGUCAGUCUGAGGAGACCCUGGAGCAGAUCCCAGGAAUGUACAACGGAAAGUGCCUUAGGAUAGAGUUGAGCAUGACGUGGGGGGACUCCCACUACCUGGGACUGACAGGGUUAGAGGUGGUGGGGAAGGAGGGGGACAGCCUGCCUCUGGACCUGACCAUGGUGGAUGCCUCGCCACGGGACCUCAACGACCUGCCUGAGUACAGCCAGGAAGCACGCACCCUCGAUAAACUCAUUGAUGGCCACAACAUCACCACUGAGGACCAGCACAUGUGGCUCAUUCCAUUCUCCUGUGGCCAGCACCACACCCUGACGGUGAACUUUGACAAGGCCCAGACGGUGGCUGGCCUCCGCAUCUGGAACUACAACAAGACCCCAGAGGACUCCUACAGGGGGGUGAAGGUGAUCCAUGUGUCUCUGGACGAUACGCUCAUCUCUCCAGCAGAGGGCUUCCUCAUCAGGAAGGGACCAGGGAACUGUCACUUUGACUUUGCUCAGGAGAUCCUCUUCAUCGACUUUCUCCAGACCCCCACCACUGGCCUGGUCAACAGCAAGAGUACAGGAGAGGACUCGGCCUACACACUCAAGGCUGGCUCCAGAAGACAGGAGCAAGCCAGCAUGGACUACGAGGCCCCCAUCAUGCCUUGUGGAUUCAUCUUCCAGCUGCAGCUGCUGACCACCUGGGGUGACCCCUACUACAUUGGCAUGAACGGCCUGGAGAUCUAUGACCAAAACGACAAGAAGAUACCCCUCAGUGACAACAAUGUCGCUGCGUUCCCAGACAGUGUGAAUGUCCUGGACAGUGUGAACGGUGACGUGAGGACUCCAGAUAAGCUGGUAGAUGGAGUGAACAACUCUCAUGAUGGCAUACACAUGUGGCUAGCACCAGUACUCCCCGGACUGGUGAAUCGCGUGUAUCUCAUAUUUGACCAGCCAGUGACGGUGUCCAUGAUCAAACUGUGGAACUACUCCAAGACACCACAGAGGGGGGUAAAGGAGUUUGGGCUGCUAGUAGAUGACCUCCUGGUGUAUAACGGCAUCUUGGACAGUGUGAGCCAGGCGGCGCAGGGCAUCCUGCCCACCUGUGACCCGGCGGUGCCCUACCACACCAUCCUCUUCACCGACAACGCCCACAUUGCCCACCGUGAAAGGAACACUGUCAUCAGCCCCCGCGGUAGCAGACAUCGCGAUCUGAAACACAGCAAUUAUGUGGAGGACCAAGAUGUGAAGAUGACCAAUGAGAACGAGAUAGUCCAUCACCACAAGAAGAAACAAACAGCUGAUCCAGCGCUUCGGCCUAAAACCUGCAUGACAGACACUGGGAAGCCCGGGAAAAGGAGGUACUGACAGAUGGACAGACAGGCAGAUGAUCGGACAGACGGACGUUGAUGGAGUCCCACUGGUCAAACGGAGGGAACAGAAAUGAAAGGAUGACGGUUUACUGACAAUCUGCACUAUCCCACUCGGGGGGACUUUUAAUACAAAGCCUUGACCAGCUGAAAAUAACCAUUUCCAUUGCCCUCCAUCAGUAAUUACACUGUAGGGAAGUGUUGCCUAGUAACAGCCCUUGUGUGUAAGUUGGGUCUACUUUAGAAGAGGACAGAGCUUGUACAGAACACAUUUUGUUUGUAUCCAUCUGGCCACAGGAUCAGCCUUCCAUUGUCUCAUUGGAUUGGUUUUCUUGCCACUCGUUCUCUCUAGACUCCUACGUUUCAUCAGAUUAAUAGUACCUGUGUAGUAUUACUACAUCACAUAAUACCUGUGUAGUACUACAUCAGAUGAAGAGUACGGUACCUGUGUAAUACUAUGUCAGUACUACAUCACAUGUAUAGAACCUUUGUUGUUGCACCUGUUUUGAUUGUCCUUUUCACAGUGUCAGGGUGAACCUAUAUAAGGCUGCUAUGUCGGCCAUCUUCGUGCCUAGUUCUAUUACGGCUCCUAUCUGUCGCUGCUUCUCGUGAUGUUGUGCUGCAUUCUCCUGCUGCCACUGAUGCACAGAUACUCAAAUAUGAAUUCAGUUGCAACAAGUACACUCUUAGUAGAUGGGAUCUAGAUCCUAUAUUUAUAAAUGAGUUGUAUUCAUGAAAAGCCUAGUGGGCUAUAGAUUUGAUAGCCUCUAGCCUAGUGGCAUAACACAUGGCAAUGUAGUAAUGCACCUGCAAUCUGCACCAACACACAUGAAUGCUAUGCAGUAAACCUGUUAAGGUUUUCUCAUGUCUGUUUUAUCUAGGUGCAUUUGGUGGCAGAUGGGGUUUUAAUACAAAGGGUGGAGAAUAUGACUGUCUUUUCCAUAAAGUAGAAUCAAGCAGAAUAUUGGUCACAUUGAAGCAAUAGGUCUGAUACAGUUGAGCCAUGCAAGACCACUCUAUUUGCCUAAAGGCCAAAUGCAGAUGUUUUAUAUCAAUUUUAAAUCAUUUCUAGGUAACAAUUAAGUACCUUACUGUUAUAGAAUUCUGUUAAAAAUGGGAAAAAGUCAUUUUUUAGCAAAUAACUAUUUCUCGAAUGUUCCUAGGACUGUAUGGGAGUGGGUUGAGUAGGGAGGAGGAAACUGAAAACUAGCUGUUAUUGGCAGAGUGGUUUGGAACUCUCUUUGUUAUUGGUCUAUUAACCAAUUUAUCGCAUGGUGAUAUCACCAUGGAAAGCCAAAAAUCCCGCCCAUGCAGACCUGCUGAUUAGAAGGACCUAUCAGGAAAUAACACCGUUCACAUUUUUUCCUACUUUUACAGUGUCAUCAACUGUUGUCCAAUAUGAUAGAAAACACAGGGGAAACAAAUUGUGACUGCACUGGGCCUUUAACACAGAAACAGUACACUUGCUUCUUAGAUGUAUAUUUUACAGCACUGAAUAUAUUAAUCUAUAAUAUUUUGGAUUAAUGAAUAUAUUGGUGAACAUGUAUAUAUACACACACACCCACAGUUAUUAGAAAAACUUAUUUGAAAAAUAAGUGACCUUUAUUGAAGUUGUUUUAUGUGAAAAUAUUUUUUGAGACCCAUUUGUUUGCGAAAAUUGUCAAAUAUAAUUAAUACCAAAAGUUUAUUGGAGAUAUAUUACCAAUAUAUACAUUGUUGUGUGAACAUCAUGUUGGCUUUUGGUUGAAAAACACCUAAGAAUAUGUAACCAGAAACAACUUAAUAUUUAAUAUGCAAACACUGAAACCAUACCUCAAAUAGGAAAGAUGUGACCUUUAAAAGGGAUGGCUAUUUGAUGAAAUCUUGUUUUAUCUUGAAUGUUUGAGUAAAUGUUUGAGUAUAAUCCAGUUGCAGUUUUAUUCCUAUACCCAGUAGUAUUUGUUGCAUGGACAAGUUACCACGGUUGAGCCACAAUAUAGCCUAUUUCUUACUUUAUACCCUUGUACUGAAUAUGACAGAGGAGUUGCAUUGUUUUUUUGAAAUGCUGUUUUAUGUAUUUGAUCUUAAAAUGUCAGUCUACAGGUAUAGGCUUCACACUGCACCUGAGUGAUGAUGGCUAUUACUUGAUGUGUGACAUUCUGUUUUGAAAUAUUUUCUUUUUUUUAAUCUUGUUCAAAUACAUGUAUAUUUCAUGUAGGUACAUUUUAAUAAAUUCAAUAAUUGAGAAACCAAA